AUGCCUGUCGCACUUAACUGCCUGAGCGAAGAAGGCCGACGGGCCCUGGAACAAGGGGGCCCAGAGCCAGUGCUGCACAAAGUCACGGACAUAGAAUUCGUUUACAACAAGCUAAGUCUUGGGGAAGGCAAAUUAUACAUACUGGAAAAAAAGAUCAUUUGGGUUUCCACACAAAAUGAGGAGGAAAAAAAAAAAAAAAAAAUUACAAAUUUUUCAGAAAUAGCUAGUAGCGCUAAUAGUGCUUGUAGUGCUAAUAGCGCGAAUUACUUGAAGCACUACGAGAAGAACCGUGACUUCUACAUGCACUUGCUCAAUGACGUGAACGACGUCACUGUCGACUCGUCUAACAUCACCUUGCAUGCAAUCACAUCGGAUAAGAAGAUUUGGGCCAGCUCCUGUGUGUACAUACAACUCAGCUCUGAUAUUAUUGGAGGGGGAGAAGACGACAUGGAAAGCAUAGACGGCAUGCCAGACGAGGAUGCAGCUGUGGCUGAAGAGGACACAGAUCAUGUGGGUAGCGGCGUAGAGGACGCUGCUGAUGAUACAGAUCAAGUUGGUUGUGGGGUGGACCAUGCCGAGGGGGAAGAAGCCCCCCAGAGACCUCCAGAAAAACUAGGCAAACGGUUAUUUACAAAAAUGUCAAAGCAGGAGAGUGUCUUCACAAAGAAUGAACAGAACCACCUUGAGGGGGAGGAAAAUCACGAUGAAGAAAAUGCCGACGAUGAAUCAUUUGAAGAAAAAAUAACUCCAGAGAUCCUCCUGGUUAGCAAAAAUUAUUUAACCAACGAUGAAAUUUUUCGCCAGCUGAGCAACAUGGACCAUUCGCCGGACGAUGAGGAGGAUGAAAGUGAGGGGGAAGAAACCGAGGAGGAGGAAGAAGAGCAGGAUGCUUGA